UAUUCUAAUAUAGGGUGAGAUGUCGGGACGCGGUGGUAAAGGUGCCGGCAAAGCCAGAGCUAAGGCUAAGACUCGCUCAUCCCGCGCUGGGCUGCAGUUCCCAGUGGGUCGUGUCCACAGGCUGCUGCGGAAAGGAAACUACGCGGAGCGUGUCGGUGCCGGAGCUCCCGUGUACUUGGCCGCAGUGCUGGAGUACCUGACCGCUGAGAUCCUCGAGCUGGCUGGCAACGCUGCCCGCGACAACAAGAAGACCAGGAUCAUCCCCCGUCACCUGCAGCUGGCUGUCCGCAACGACGAAGAGCUCAACAAGCUGCUCGGCGGAGUUACCAUCGCUCAGGGAGGCGUGCUGCCCAACAUCCAGGCCGUUCUUCUGCCAAAGAAGACCGAGAAACCCGUUAAGAAAUGAGAGUCCGGGAGAGGCUUCAGCAAACAACGGCUCUUUUAAGAGCCACAAAAUUCUGAAUGAAGAGCGAGCUCCUUGUUGGUUUUGUCUGUAGAUUCAGAGAUAUUUUUAUAAUGUAUGUAAAUAAAUUGAGAACAGAUUCAACGAAUUGUUUAUACAGCUCCUUCCACACUCAACAAGAUAUAAAAGCACGUUACAGAGACC